UCAUUGAUGGCAAUGGAGGAAGGUAGUUGGAACCAUCUGCCAAGUGUCAUUUUGUUAGAAGUUUUCACUUAUUUGUCUCAAAAAGAGAGAAUUAGAGCUUCGUCGACGUGUAAGCAAUGGCGAGGUACACUGUUUCAUUCCAGCUUCUGGCCUACAGUCCAUUUUAGGCUUAAAACUAAAGAUGAAGAUAGUGUGUUACGAACUCGGUACCAGCUUAAACAUUUUGCAACGAAAUUGCGUAAUGCUACAAUCAGCUUUGACGCAAUGGAUUUGAUUUGUGUACAGGAGGCUGCAAGAAUAAUACAAACACUUCGUAAGAAUGAAUCUCUUCGACGUCUUUCCUUACAGCCAAGUCAUUGCAGGUUUGAAGUUCCUGACAGAUUUGCUGGUGAUAGGAUAACUUUUAUCGAAAGACACUUUAUGAAGCCAUUACAACAGCUGAUGCAGAACUGCCGCAGUAUUGAGUUUCUAGAUUUGGGUUGCUUGGAGGAGAUAUGCCAACACGCAUCAAAGCUUACGUAUAUCUUGGGUCAGAAUCAUGCCCGUUCUCUUCAUCAUUUGAGGCUCGCCUCAAUCAAGGAUGAUCCUGAAUGCUACCUUCUGGAUGAACUGCCUCCAGCACUCUUUCGGCCCUUCCAAAUGUUACAGGUGCUAAGUGUUGACUAUGACUAUUUGAGUGAUGAAAUGUUGCCAGUCAUCAGCAACCUUGGUCUUAGGCAGUUUAUAAUCCAUGUUCAUGGAGUUGAAGAGGACCAUCCUGGUAUACCUGAUUCAGCAUGGGCUGAAUUUGCAAAUCACAACCCUUCAUGUGAAGUACAUCUCAUCCUCAUUCAUGCCUAUGAUGCUGUGGAAAUUUUGGAUUCGACCAUUUUCAGGCCGAACAUGCCACUUUCAUUCUUAAAAGUGUUUUUUUGUGAGAAUAUGAAUUACACAGCACUGCAACGGAUUUCACUCUGGUACUAUAACACUCUGCAAUCGCUGUGGUGGAUUGACUCAAUCGGUGCAACUUCCAACAGCUUCUGCCUUGUAGAGCCAUCUGUGGAACCUAUUGCUCAGCCUGAUCCCCUGGUAAUGAUGGCUUGGCGGUGUACCAAACUGAAGGAGCUGGUCUUCCUCGGCUACAAGUAUUAUGAGGAUGACUUGAUUGCCAUAGCAAGGCUGAGAGGUAGUGGAUUGCAGAAAUUUGAAAUCCACGCACAAGACAUUUUGCGCGUGUCUGAUGUUCCUGAUGCCCUGGAAUUUGAAAUCAGCAGAGAAUUGAAGAGAACCUGGGCCCCACUGGACGAUGUUACAUUACCUGAGGUUAUACUCAACCCUAUCCUGGGGGAUUCUGAUGAGUACAUCCUGCAGGUACUGAGAGAUACUGAAACAGCGUAAUGAAACUAUUCUUGUAGGAAAUCUCAGCUCAGCUAAUAUUCUGUGAGUAGAAUAUGCAUACUGUAGCAAGAGCACCUCAUGCAUCUAGGCAUUUACUCUGCAGCAUUACUUAGUGGUCAACACAAACUGCUCACUGCAAGAAUCUGUAAUCCGCUGUCAAAUAUGAGCUGCUGCAGAUACAAUGUGGUAUAUCUUUUAAGUAAAUUUAAAACAUUUACUCUGUGGUCACUUGGAGCAAAAUAUUUUAUUGUCAAGAAGAACAAUACAGUUCAGUUUUAUUGGUGAUUAUAUCCACAGGAGUCAUUUGAACUGGUUGUGGAUAGGGCAUAAAGCUUACACGCAUGCCUGUCUGUCUGAUGAUUUCCUGAAAGCAACUUUUAUUUGUUGUGGAGGCUUCCUGGUACAAUCUGUGAUAAAUUUAAAAUGGUCUACAUACUUUCCCAUUUAAUCGACAAAUAAAAAUUGUUAAAACUUA